AUGACAAAGACCAAAUUCAUUGCUAGAGCUAGAGGAAAUGCUCCUGCCUCAUCCUCAAAAGCAUGGGAUGUCUUGAAACCUUUCUCGAAUGGCACUAGUUUUAAGACUACUGUGGCUACCCAAAGACCGAGCUUCUGCGUUCAAACCAGUUGGCCACGGCUACGGCUUGCCAACUCAUCCCGUCACCUAAGGUUUUCUCAGUUACUUUAUUCGGAACCAUCACAAGAAUCUGAAAUUGCAAAUGGUAAAGACAUCCCCUCUUCUUUCGACAACUCCUGGCUGUCUCAUGUCAAACCUAAUUUGCCUUGUGACAUACACCUGUUAUUCUCUCAUCCAGAAUUUGAUUUGGAUAUGCAAAAGCAACUUCGAGAACAAAACUGA